CCACCGGAAACAGAUGGUGACCCAGGAUUCACACGAACGCUACGCGCUCAGCAAAAUAGUAUUGAGUUCGCCCCGAUCUUCUUGACGAGUCACACAGUCGCUUCGUUGUUUUUUCAUCCAAUUGCUGCCAGCGUCGUGAGUCUUGUGUAUAUAUAUGGACGUCAUUUGUAUUUCGAAGGAUAUAGUCGCAGCGCAGAUGACAGGUUACCUGGUUUUAAGUUGAGUACGAAUGCAUUGAAAGCGUUGAUUGUCAUGGGAGUGACCGGUGUAACCCUCGGUAGUCUGAAAUAUUACGCAGGAAUUGAUGUAAAGAAAUAUGCUUUUGAUGCAAUUUCAAAAUACUGGUCUUAAAAAACCGAAACAGGUUGUUGGUAGAUUGCAAAAUCAUCACUGAGAUCAAGAAAAUGUAUGACUUUGACCUGACAUUUUAACUGCACUUUCAUUGUGGCAGAAUGAGGGAGAGAGAGAGACACACACACACACACACAUACACACACACGAUUUUUUGUUUUCGCACGUAUUUGGAAACGUACUGAGUAUUCAAUACAAUAACACGUCAGGUAGGACAAAACAUCACUUUCCUGACGCAAACACAUCACAAUCACAAUAGAUAAAAUUGUGAAGUUAUGGAUAUUACCAUCGAAACCGACGUCUGCAAUUAAAGGAUCUGUUCAAAAUAAUGUGUAAUUAAAUAAGGACGCUAAUUUCUGCUUAUUCAAUUUUAUUGAAUACCUUUUACCGUGGCAAAUUGAAUAGUUUAAUUACCUUAUACAUUGAAAAUACCGCACCAAAGGAUGAUUUUUAUAUCGUAGUCGUCUUCCUAAGACCUACAGCAAUAAAAUGUAGCAAAACAUUAACAGUUGGAAAGAUACUUUCAAUAAACUUUUAUAGUGAGCCCUCUA